AUGCAGGAUUCUCAGAUCUUGAGUCAUGGGGAGUCAUGGGAGUGGUGCUUCGAGCUUUCAGCUCACUCCGGUGACGUCCAUCUUCCUCCAACUGCAGUUCCAUUUCAAGAUGCAGAAUCCAAUUCUUCCAGCUCUGGAGAAAUUCAGCACCUCGAUGUUGGUUGCCUGGGCCAGGAAACAAUCAAAAAUGGUGUCAAGUCAUUGAUUGACGGAUAUGCCCGCUGGAUCAUGGCAGUGAGCGGCCAACGGGAGGUUUCAUUUUGGAUUGUGAUUCACGAGACAAACGCAUCUGCCAAACUUGCUCUCGUGGUGGCAAAAAGGGCCGAUGAGAGUGACGAUCUCGGCUGGGAGGCGCAUGGAGCCACCGGCUCCGAAACGAAUGAAGUACACUUCGCAUUGAGUCUCGGAGGAGGAGGCCCGGAGACUAUUCUACCAGAUUCUGUAAGUUGGCAAGUGGGUUUUCUGCAUAACAGUCCUAUCGCUAACACUUCCUCUCGCUAUCUACAGGUUCGAGUAGCGCUGUCCAUCGAAAUGCAAACAUCGCCCGCGAGUCUCACCUAUCGAGGAGUGUCACAACAGGCCGUCGACAUAUUACACAAGGUUGACUUGGAAUCCUAUCUGCGGUCUUUCGACGCUGCUUCAUUUUGGAGGAAGGAACUACACGAUUUUUUUGGUUGCGCAGAAAGACCAUUCCCAUCAAUCUCCUGUGAUCGCCUGGUGGUCCCUGCAGGGAGCAGCCAAACCUUGACGGAAACUCUUCUUAUGGGCGUGUCUUGGAAGCAGUUGGAGACCGCUGCGCGGAAUUACCAUUUGAGAUCUGUGCUCCCAGUGAUCCAUGCAGCGUUUGCUUGCAUUCUGACAGAGUACAUCGAGUCAGACAGGCUGAUUGUAUCAGAUCGACCACUGAUAACCUCACGGGGGAAGCCAUCUCAAAGCCUGCUCCCUAUUCUCAUCUCCAAAGAUGAUACUGCCCAAGCUGUGUUUGCUCGGAUCGACGAAUUUGUGGCGAGAUCAGAAAAGGUGCCAGGCGUGUCUCCGGACCUCGCUCGUGAGAUUCUUCAAAUUCACACAGAGGGCACAAUAUAUAACGCAAUUUUUACGCAUCACGUUGAGGAAACUUCGUGUCAGGAAUCAGCACCGCCUUUGGGGAUGUCCUUACUCUGCUCCGAUGCUCCUGUAGAGCUCGGGUUCCGGCGUUUGGACAAAGGUGAACUGAGCCUCACACUCACAGCCAGGGCGGAGUUGAUAGAUCAGGCUCAUUUGAAGCUAGCUUUGCAGCAGAUAGAUGCUCUCGCUGCGAUCAUGAUCUCCCGUCCUAUGGAAGCCAUUCGAGAUCUCAAUCAAUCAUUUCCGGCUGAUCUGCUUUCGAUACACACACAUCUGGCCAGUGAGCAGCUCAAAAAUGCCCCUCUCUUGUCUCCUGCACAUUGGGUCGAUCACUGGGCAGCCAUAGACCGCACCUGGAAGGCUUUAGAGAUCAUAGAGGAGAUCAGCGAGGAUGAAACACGAUCCCAGACAUGGACAUACAAGGAACUCUCUCAAACUUCCGAUCAACUCAGCGCUUGGAUCAAGGGUCGCGGUUGGCAACGCAGAUCAAUUGCAGUAUGUCUCAGCCGCUCAUUCAUGGCAUACGCUCUGGUCCUUGCAAUCUGGAAAAGCGGGAAUUGUUAUGUUCCAGUCGCAGAAGAUCUUCCAGAGGCUCGACAAAUAUUUUUGUUGGCAGACAGUGGUGCCAUCGCGUUUUUCACAGAUCAAAACGUUGCUGAAAAUAUUGUUCCUCCAGAGGACUGCUUAGUGAUAAGCAUUGAUGACCCUAAGCUGCUUACGGACUCUGGUCCAGCUGAAGGCCCCGCUGCAGGGCAUUCCAGCCCAGAAGAUGACUGCUAUCUCUUGUACACAUCCGGAUCUACUGGAACACCAAAGGGUGUUCUUGUCGGCCGUGGAAAUUUAUCUGCGUUCACUGAGGCCCAGUCAGAAUAUAUUUGUCGGGAUGUGCCCGAUACCCCCAAUCUCAAGGGAACGGGGAGCUAUCUUGCGCACGCCAGUCGUGCUUUUGAUGUACACAUAUGUGAGAUGGUGCUUGGUUGGCGGCACGGACUUCGCCUCGUCACCGGGCCCCGAACAAUGCUCCUCGACAACCUUUUCUUGGUUCUCAGCAAGCUCAGAAUUACCCACGCUGGGUUUGUCCCUUCACUGCUCGAACAUGCCGGCGUGAGCGCUGAGCUGCUGCCCGACUUGCGAUAUCUUGGAGUUGGGGGUGAGAAGAUUUCGGAGACAAUCAUUGAACGCUUUGUCGGCAAGCCUUCUAUAGCUUUAGUCAAUGCAUACGGCCCGACAGAGGUAACAAUUGGUAUGACAAGCCACACAGUGAAACCAUGGUCCACUGUACGCAACAUUGGCACUGCCGUCGGCAACAUCACAAUCCAUGUCCUGGACACCGAUUCAUUGAGAUACGUGAAGAGAGGUCAGGCUGGUGAGCUCUGCGUGACUGGUGAUCUGGUAGCGAAUGGGUACCAUCGUAGGCCAGACGCAGGAGGUUUCAUCGAUUUCAACGGGAAACGAAUGUACCGCACAGGAGACAUAGUGCGUUUGAUGGCCAAUAAUUGCGUUGAAUAUCUGGGUCGGCGAGAUAGCCAGGCUAAGAUUCGAGGCCAGAGACUUGAGUUGGAAGAAGUCUCAGUCGCGGUCCGCCGCUGCGCCAACUUCCCUAUCAACGUUACUUCAAUAGUGACACCCUCACCAAUCACGAAGCGGCCUCAGCUCGUCUCCUUUAUCAGUCCGUCGAGGACAAAGCCGGACAGUGCUCCCACAAAGCCUACUUUCCUCAAAGAGCAAUAUCAGGAGUGGGUGCCAGAGAUCCUAGCCCGCUGUACUGCUGAGCUUCCCGCAUACAUGGUCCCCAGCAUCCUGCUACCCAUCAGCUUCAUUCCUAUUCAAAUCUCCGGUAAAGCAGAUACCCGGCGUUUGGUUGCUCUCUAUGAAGGCAUUCCCGUGGCGGAUUUGCUUUUGAAAGCCGCAUCAACCAGUGCUCAGGCUUCAGACCCAGACGAAGUUCCCUGCACCAAGCCUUUGACAACGGAUGAGGGGCGUAUUCGCGACAUUAUAUGUGCUCAACUGCGCGUUGACGCCGACUCAAUCACUAGGACAACAAACAUCUUCCAACUGGGCAUGGACAGUCUCGCUUCACUCGCGGUAGCGUCGAGUAUGCGUAAGGCUGGCUAUCUGUGUGCAGCUGCAGAUGUUCUUUCCAACGCCACGGUCGCUCAGCUUGCAUGCCUACCUCAAGACCACAGAGCUUCGACUCGAACCUCAAACGGAGCACUGGAGAGUCAGGUAGAUGACGCGUCUCAGAGAUUACUUCAAAUUGACAAAGAGUUGCGUGGCUUGAAGAUGGCUUUUGCUCCCUCGAGUAUAUCUGCAGUUUGGCCAUGCCUUCCUCUUCAAGAAAGCAUUGUGUCAAAUUCGGUCGGAAAUCCGAACCCGUUGUACGUGAAUCAUAUCAUGUGCCGCUUGGGGCCGCAUAUCUCACUUCCAGCUCUUCGGUUGGCAUUUGAGGACUUGAUGUACGACAAUGAGAUUCUGCGCACAUGCUUCCACGUCAGAGAAGACAAGAUCUUGCAGCUUGUUCUGAAGCCUCGAGUCACUGAGCUUCCUUGGAAUCAGGUUCCCGUAUCCAAUGAAUCUGAUGCCUGUGCCCUUUUCAAGAGCCUCCAAGGAGGAAUCGCAUCCAGAAUCGUCGAUGGAAUUGAGAUCAAGCCCCCAUUCCACCUUCUCGCCGCGGAAAGUGCUGAUGGCGCGUCAGGUUGGCUGAUGCUGUCUAUUCAUCAUUCCAUUUUUGACGGUGCUAGUAUGGGUAUUUUCCUUGGUCGUUUGCAUCAACACUACACAGGGAUUGAAUCCAUGCACCCAAUCAAUCUCACCCCGCUCUACCAUCAUCUCAUGAAGAGUGAUACCACUGAAGAUGAGAAAUUCUGGACUGAGCACCUCAAGGGGUGUGUUCCAACCGUCUUUCCUCACGAUGUCAGAGACGAUGACUACCUGAUCGUUUGCAAGCAAUUGCCCUUUUCACUAUCUGCACUCUCAAGGUUUGCAUCAGAGCAUCGGACCACAGCAUCGAUGAUCUUGGAAACCGCUUGGGCAAUCAUCCUAGCAAAGGAGCUGGGCCAAAAUGACGUUCUGUAUGGCAGAGUCGUGAGCGGCAGAGGAAUACCCGUGGAGGAAAUCGAGUCAAUGCUCGUACCCCUUGUCACUACCAUCCCCGGUCGGCUCAAACUAAGCUCUGGGAAGUCGAGCUUCUUGUCCAAGAUUCAAAUGCACACUCAGGCAAUCAUUGCAUCUAUGCCGUACCAGCACACUCCUCUUCGUGCGAUACAAAGAUACUCCAGCGCCUCUGGUCCACUUUUUGACUGCAUGUUCUCAUACCUUGCAAUUGGCCCUCAAUCUCCAUCGGAUAAAAUGCUGUUGGAGAUGAAUAGCUCCAUGCAGGUGGACUAUCCCUUGGCGCUGGAAGUCAAAGCGGAGUCAGAUCCCGACACGGUCACUCUUCGCUUGAGGAUUGGCGAUGCACCUUCUUCGGAUCAGAAAGCCAAUACGUUCGUUGAACAAAUCUCCACUCUUGUUGAGGAGCUAGUUUCCAACGGAGAUUUUGUUUUCGACGCUCCGAUACUCUCUGAAAAUGAAGAGCCAAAGCAUCGAACAUGGGAUGAAAAUGAGUGGACAGAAAAUGAGACUAUUCUGCGCCAAGCUGUGGCCGAAGUGUCUGGAAUGGCAGAACAUGAGGUCUCAAAGAAUGUGUCUUUCUUCGCUUUGGGGAUUGACUCGGUGAUAUCGCUGCAUCUUAGUCGGCGUUUGCAGCAAAAGGGUCUCAAGGUCAGCUCCAGUGAUAUUUUGAGAUACUCGUCUAUUGGUGCUCUUCAAGAACGUCUCAAAGCAUCUACUCCGAUCGCCAAAGAACCUACUGUGAUCAAGAGUAGCAGCAAUCCCCAACCAAACAUAAACCCCUUUGAUGAGAACGAUGCAAUUGUGGAGACAUACCCCUGCACGCCCCUGCAGACAGCUAUGAUUGGCCAGUGCCUCAGCUCCGAAGGCAAGGGAUAUGUUCACCACCACUCGGUCGCACUCGAUGCUUCCAUUGACCUCGACAGAUUAGUCAACGCCUGGAGGGGUUUGACAGAGCGGGUUGAUGUCCUUCGCACCACGUUCCACCGGCAAGAUGGAAGCCGUGAGAUCAGUGCUGCGGUCCAUCGGACUCCCCUGGUGAAUUGGACGCAUGAAGCCGACAUUGAGUCACUCCCGGUCGCAAUUGAAAGAAUCUCGGGACAGGUUGCCUACCCGGCAAUCAAAGACUUUGAGAAGCCGCCUUGGCGCGUCACUUUCCUUACUGAAGGCAAAAAUCGAUUGAUGGUUGUGACUAUGCAUCACUGUCUCUAUGAUGGAUUCUCUCUGCCAAUUCUGUUUGAUGUCCUCGAACAGCAAUAUAACGGCGUGCAAGUAAACAUCCAUUCGUUCGCGUCCACGGCUCGCAAAAUCGCGUCCACCCAGGUGUCAUCGGUGAAGUUCUGGACCGAUUCGGUUCUGGGAUAUCAAUGUCCGCCAGUGGGGCAGCAAUCUGCAUCGAACUCUGUGUGUAAAGUUCAAUGGGCGGAAAGCACGGUCAAAACACCGAUGGUUGAUUUGCAGCGCCAAUGUGGCUUGCUCAAUGUCACUCUGCAGACAGUGGCGCUCCUCGCUUUUGGGCGAUCGCUGGCAUUGCAUCUUGGUCAGCGCGACGUGGUGUUUGGCCAUGUAGUUUCUGGCAGGGCUUCUGGACUUGACGAUGAUGUGUCCGUCAUAGGCCCUCUAUUCAACACUGUGCCGUUCCGAUUAAAGAUCGAAUCUGCUUCCCAGAGUGUGCGUUCGGCCUUGCAAGACAUUCAGAAUUUCUGUAUCGAUUCUCAGCCUCACCACCAUGCGCCCUUGGCUCUUGUUCAGAAGGAAUGGCGCUCAUCUAGUGAUGAAAAUAGCCUUGCACUACUCAACGCCAUAUUCUCCUUCAACAAGUCGGAGCCUCCUACUGCUGGCUCAAUUUUCCAACCAUACAACCUAGCCGAGAACCCUGAUGUCCCACAGUAUCCACUCAAUGUGGAAUUUGAGCAGACACAGGACUGUCUGAUUAUCCGAGCAGCAAGUCUCAAUGUUAUGGGCAUGGGCGAGGGUGGGCUUGACACAUGGGUACUCGGUGUUGCGCAGGGGAUCGAGAAUAUCAUUUCAUCAGGUGAUGAACCAGUGCUCAGUUUCCCCCAAGGCCUCCAAGAUCUACCGGAGGCAGUUGCACGGCAUCAGGGUCAAUUAGAGGAGCCCGUUGACGUCGUUGUCAUGGAUCAGGAUGUGCAAACACUGAAAAAUGUCCUUUCGGACAUUACCGGUAUCCCAAUGGAUCAGAUUCAAAACACCAGCGGUGUCUUUGCGCUUGGCAUGGACUCUAUCCUAGCCUUGGAUAUGAGCGCUCGUUGUCGCCAGGCGGGAUUGAAGGUCUCGGUGAGCGAUAUUCUUCAAGGGGGGACGAUUCAAGGCAUUGCUGCACUGGCAGCCAAAAAUAUGACAGCCAUCUCCGCCUCGGCGAAGCCAAUCAACUCUCAUCUUUCGCUCGUCAACAAAGCGACCAGAGCCCAGGUCUUGAGCUCCCUGAGUUUGAUCGAAGACGAUGUUGAAAGUAUCCUACCUGGCCUGAGUGGUCAACUGUUUUACCUUUCUGCUUGGCUGCGAUCUAAGCGCAAACUCUGGGAGUUCUCGUUCGCUCUCAAAAGUAACAUCAAGCUGGAUCUUGAUAGGCUUCAAGAUGCUUGGGAUCAGCUGCAAAAGAGGCAUGAAAUUCUCCGAACAUGUUUCACAGCAAUUUCACCAAGUGAAGUUUUCCAAGUUGUCCGAAAGCCAACCCAUCUAGGCUCGAUUGUCACAUCAAAUCUUGAACAAUCAGCUGAAGACGUGAAUCAUUGCAUCCAGGUCCUUCUUGGACAGAUUGCGACUGAUUCCUCCGAUCUCUUCACCCCUCCCGUGCGACUUCAUCUAGUCAGGAAUUCUGAGGUUGACGUCAUCAUUUUGACACUCCAUCAUGCCUUAUAUGAUGCUCGCUCGAUUCCCAUUCUUGUCAAUGAACUGGAGGAACUGUAUCAUGGAAGACCAAUGAAGGGCUUGGCCAGCUUCUCCUCAUUCGUGGCCAGUACAACCCAGGCAUCAAACGCCGAACAAAGUGGACCGUUCUGGGAAAAGGCACUCAAACUCAACCAGAAAACACUCAUCGGAACAAGAUGCGACAAUCACAAUGAUGACCUCUCUGUUGAGUCUCUGCAGAGAAAUUUUCAAAAAGGCUUGAACGAGAUUCAAUCCCGGUGUCACAGCAUUGAUGUUUCUGUGCCAUCACUCAUCCUCCUGUCGAUAGGACGGGCCCUGGCGCGGAUUGUGGGUAUUUCACAUCCCACAUUCGGUCUGUUUCAAUCUGGACGCUCGGGAGACUACCCUGGUAUCCAAAACAUUGCUGGUCCGACCGUCAACAUGCUGCCAGUCGUCAUUCCAAACGCUUUGAAGUCCUCAACGGUGGAGGGCUUGUUAAGUGUGCAGCAAGAUUUAAUCCAGCGCGUCUCCCACGACCAGAGCGAUCUUGGGACCAUUCACCGGAUCAUGAGAAAUCUUGGGAAGGAGCUUCGCUUCAAUCUCAUUGUCAAUAUUGUUUGGACUCAGUCUCAUUCCAAUGGAGUCGAGGAUGAAACUCACUCUAUCUUCACUCCGGUCACGAUCCAUUCUCAUCCACGAACUGAGUUUGCAGUGCCGAUCAGCAAGACUUCUAUUGAUCAGCUCGAUUGGAAGAGUCGCAUUGACCCGGAUGCCGUCUACCUGGAGGUCAGUCCUGAUGAGAAACACACUGGGCUUCAUUGGAAACUUGAUUUCACGUCAACAUCGAUCAGCCAAGACGAGGCAGAAGCAUUAUUGAAUGCACUGGAAGUAGAGCUCAACUCAAUCACCGAGUCGAUCUGA